AUGUGGCAGCUCUCGGUCGUAGUACUGCUGGCCGUUGCCACCGGCAGCGGCUUCGGGGCGAACAUCUUGUACAUCGCUGGCGUCCCUUCACCUAGUCACUUUAUUUGGCAUCGUGCUCUGAUGUACGGACUGGCGGCCAAAGGUCACAACGUGACGGCACUCAGCGUGGACAUCGAGGACAAUCCGCCACCGGAUGUGCACUUCAUCAAGAUUGAGGGCGUUUAUGAGGCGUUAUUUGAAGAGGACUCCGAAGGGAUGGAUUUCUACGCGAUGGGGGAGCUCGGUCCGUGUGCGAUGGUGUCAAUGUUCAACGAGUACAUGGUGAGCGGUUGUGAAGUGGCGUUGAGAUCCGAGGGAGUGCGAACGCUGGUGAGGUAUCCGGAUGAUUUCAAGUUUGACGUUAUUAUCAACGAUUUCCUGCUGGGACCAUGUUUGUCCGCACUGGCACAGCACAAAUUUGGACGGCCUCCGUAUAUUGGUGCUACGGCGUUUCACGGGUUGUCCUCGACGGCUCCGUUGUCCGGUGCGUAUUCCUACUCGGGAUUGAUCCCCCAUAAUGAGUUUGAUGCACCGGAAGGUAUGAGCUAUACGGAACGCUUUAUGAACUUCCUCUACAAUCACUGGGAAGAGGUAAGCAAAUCGUACCAAGUGUACGACAAAAUAGAUGAAAUGGUACGCCGAAUCAAUCCUGAUAUCCCGCACGUUGGACAAAUAGAGAAAGAUGCCCGGAUAAUCCUCUUGAACUCUCAUCCGGUCGUUCAGUACUCAGAGCCGGCAAUGCCGAACGUGAUUUCCGUUGGAGGCACCAACGUACGGUCGGACCUGCUCGGCAACGAUCGAGUCGUUGAAAUCCUCAACGCGAUGGAACAACUACCUCAGUACAAUUUCCUGUGGAAAUUUGAAUCAGACUCAAUGCCUAUGAAAAUCCCAAAGAAUGUUCACAUCCGCAAAUGGAUACCCCAGAAUGACCUGCUGGCCCACCCCAACUCAAAGCUGUUCAUCACCCACAGUGGACUGUUGAGCACGCAAGAGGCCAUUUGGCAUGGCGUUCCCAUCAUCGGAUUUCCGGCGUUUGCCGACCAGAAUCGAAACAUCAACUACUGCGUCCAGUUGGGGGUGGCCCGACGACUGUCCCUCAGGAAGAUCAACAGCCAAGACUUGGUCACUGCCAUUCGGCAAAUAAUGACUGACCAGAGGUAA